UAAAGGUUAUCUGUUCUGUUACUUGAAGAGAUCACUGUCGAUAAGUUUAAUAAGUGAUUGUUAGUUAAACAUAAUUAUUUUUUAUUUAAAAAAUAAAAAUCAUGUUGCGAGCAGGUAUUCGUUUUUUUGGAGUCACUUGUCAUACAAGAGAACUAGCAACUGUCGCUUCACCAGCUUUUAAAGUUCAAGAUGACAAAGAUUUUAACGAGAGAGUAAAAAAUGCAAAGCUGCCUGUUAUCGUUGAUUUUUUUGCGACAUGGUGCAAUCCAUGUCGUUUAUUAACUCCACGUUUAGAAUCAGUAAUUGCUGAAAAACAGGGCAAAAUUUUGUUAGCCAAAGUUGAUAUUGAUGAAAAUGUUGAUCUAGCAAUGGAUUAUCAGGUACAAACGGUACCAGUUUUAAUGGCGAUGAAAGAUGGAAAAGUUUUGGAACGAAUCGUUGGUCUUCAAGACACAGAUAAACUCAGACAAUUCGUUGAUAAAUAUGCUGACCCAUAAAUCAACUAUAUAUAAAUGAAAUAAAAUAAAAUAACAUAAAAUAAAUAAAGUGUGAAGGAUAAAUUUA